AGCAGCAGAAACGACGGACGUAAACAAAGCGGACCUCCACAAGCUAAGUGGACAAAAUGUUGCUUUCGGUGAAAUAGUCACUGGAAAUCAUAGUUUUUUUUUCCUCGUUUUUUUUCUCAUGUCUUUACGGAGUUAAUCUCCCAGCCAGCGUCGGAAGGAGUCUCUGUUCGCAGAGACGCUAACAAAUUAGCCUCCUGCUAGCUGGGUUAGCUUCGGUAAACCUUAGGUAACGGGAUUUUUCCAGUUCUGGUGGAAACAUUGUCACCUAAGUCAGUGUUUCAUUUAUAUCCCUUGUGUUUUUCCCCCAGUCAUGUUGAAUAACUCGGAAUAUGUUAAAGUAAUGACACGGUGAGUUAGCUCACAGUGAUGCAGCGAGUGAUUUAAAGAGCCGUUGAUCUGGAUAGCUAGAUAGAGGAUCUCCCUCCAUCAUUUCCUCCCGGAUAGAUGGCCACCUAAGGAACCGCCGCGAUCUGGAGGUGGACUGAGAUGUUCAGCUUGAUGGCGAACUGCUGCAGCUGGCUAAAACGGUGGAGAGAGCCUGCCAGGAAAGUGACCCUGGUGAUGGUGGGCCUGGAUAAUGCGGGAAAGACGGCGGCGGUGCGAGGAAUACAGGGAGAGAAUCCGCAGGACUUGGCUCCCACUGUAGGCUUCUCCAAGGUGGACCUGAAGCAGGGAAAGUUUGAGGUGACCAUCUUUGACCUUGGAGGUGGGAAGAGGAUCCGGGACAUCUGGAAGAACUACUACUCGGAGUCCCACGGCGUGGUGUUUGUGGUGGACUCCAGCGACGUGCAGCGGAUCCAGGAGACGCGGGAGACAAUGGCGCAGGUCCUUCAGCACCCGCGCAUCGCUGGGAAACCCGUGCUGGUACUUGCCAACAAACAAGACCUGGAAGGAGCGCUGGCUGAAGCAGACAUCAUUGAGAACCUGUCGCUAGAAAAGCUUGUUAACGAAAACAAGUGUCUCUGUCAGAUUGAACCAUGCUCUGCCAUUUUAGGCUGUGGAAAAAAGGUGGACAAGUCCAUCAAGAAAGGCCUGAGCUGGCUCCUCAGCAACAUAGCCAAAGACUACGAGGCCAUUGCUGAGCGCGUGCAGAAGGACACGGCGGAGCAGCGCGCUCUGGAGGAGCAGGACAAGAAGGAGAGGGCCGAAAGAGUGAGACGGAUACGGGAGGAGAGAGAACGGCUGGAGAGGGAGGAGGCAGAGCGAGAAGGAAGGCCAGUCCAGGAAGAGGAAGCUGAUAACGAGAGCAUACAGAGCCCCUUCCAGCCCAUCGGAAACCUGAUCUCCAAGAAAGAAGAGCAAGAGCCUGAGAGGAAGGAGCAAAUAGAGCUUCAGGAAGACAGGAGCAAUGGUCCGAAGGAGAGCUUGGAAAACGAGGAAGAAGAGUUUGAGGAAGAAAAUGCUGGAGAGCCCAAUCACACGAGACCAACACCAGAAAACACACCUUUAGGUGAGCAUAGCAAGAAGAAGUCGAGCAAGCUGCACCUGAAGAGGAAACACAGGGUAGACCCGCUGAGGACGGACGAAGGGCCAGCAGAGAGCCCCACGCCGCCGCCUCCACCUGUGGGAUGGGCCACUCCCAAAGUCUCCAGGCUGCCCAAACUAGAGCCUCUGGGAGACUCUGGACAUUCUGAUUUUUACAAGAAGCCCCUCCCACCGCUGGUGAACAGGUCACGACCUAACGGCGACUCCCAGGACGUCAUCUCAUAAAGCUCCUAUAAUGACUGACUGAGGUCAGCCGGCCACCAAUCACAGCUCUCUUCUGUGCUUUUUGUCUCAAGCGAAUGGCGUGGAGACAACCAAACCAAAUGGAUCGACCGGUGCGGGUACCGCUGAGGGAAGGGUGUUGGCUCAGAGUGCUGGGGAGUGACAUCCCUACACUAAUGCUGAUCUUUCAUUUAAAAAAAAAAACUAAGCUUGAGGCUAAACCUGCUUGAACUGUCAAAUUCCAUCUGGAUUUUAUUUUAUUUUUUGUACUAUUGGUCAGUAUUGAAAGUUGGGGAAACAGCAUUUUCUACUUAAAACACUUUAAACCGAAAAAGAAUGUAAAUAAAACCUUCUCUAACAUUAGCACGAAGGUUAUCCAUAUUUAAAAGAACUUUUUUUUUUUAAAGUAAAAUUGGUGUUUUAAAACAAAACUAUCGACCGAAAACAGAUUCCUCUAUGUUUUCUGCCAAGUUUUUUUAAUGUAGGAACCACAAAAAAUAUUUGGUUUCUCAUCGCCAUAUAAAAAAUAGUCUGUUUUUGCACUCUGAGAUCAAUAGAUUGAAAUUGAUCGUGAUCAGAGGUGGAACUAUACAUUAACCGAUGGGUACGUUUUUGUUUCAUGUGUUGAUAAAUAUCAGUGGUGUGCUGGGACCAUUUUCCACCCCGGAAGAUUCAAAUCCAACCUGAAAUAACUCAUCUACAAUAUCAAUUAUGUCUCUACACUGAUAUUACAACCCUAAUAUAUAUGUUGCAUAUAUGGCUCAGAAGCACUUGUUCCCUACCUAACUUCUAUUUUAACUGUGAUGCAGCUGCUCAGGUGCUAUCAAAAUCAGGCAAUAAUUGAAGAAUUAGAUGAUUAGCAGGCAUCUAUAUAAUGAAUCACAUGAACAAUUAUAGAUGCAUUUAUAUUUAAAUUUAUAUAUUUGCCUUUAAAUAAUUGCACAGUUGAAAUGUUUAAACUCUCUUUAUUUUAAAAGUAAAUAUAAAUGUAGGUAUAUUACAGAUUUGUGACGACAUUUAUAAUGGUGAAUGAUAACAUACACCGUUAGGAACCAGUUGUAGGGCCCAUGCUGAUUGUGUAAAAACUGGCAUUGAGGGAAUGACAUGCUAUCCUGGGUGUGUACGCAAUACAAAGGGUGUGUUGCAUAUUUGCAACAAUAGGCAUCGGGAGGUUAACUAGCACACACAACUUCAACCCUUCCCAACGUGUUUUAUUUGUGGUGGCACUAGGAGCUGUGAUUUCAUUUAGAUUGAUACAGCUCAGGUGCUACAAAGAUCAGGUUAUUUGGUUAAAUAUUUUCAUUUUUAUUCAUUAAACAAUUUCCGAUUCCCAAAACAUGCACUAGUUUUCCCGAUUCUCCAAAUAAAUGUGUAGUGCUAACUUUGUAAUGGAAAUAAUUCUCUUGAUCUAUUUAUUUUUAUCCAUUAUCUAUUCAAUAUCAAUUUGUCAAUUCAGAGCAGAAUCUGAUAUUAGCGCCAGACAAGCUCUACUAUGAGUGUUAGUCGUUAACCGCUUCAGCUUUGCAGCAGCAUUUAAGGAAUUGUACCCAAAUUCAGUUGUUUAUCCAUUAAGAAAAAUUGGUAUUUUAAGUGAUUUAAAGUCAAAAAGCAAAAAAACUUAAGCUAAAUAUGCCCAACUCCACUACUUCCUGAACUUCAGCCAGCUCCUUUUUUUCAUUACAGGACAAACUGCUCAAUCCAGGUGUGUCUGGCUGUUGUCGUCAUGGUUACUGUGGUCACGCAAACCUGGAUUGAUCAGUUUUUCCAGUGAUGAAUCACAAGAAACAAAGAAUGUGAAAAUAUAGCCCAUUAAUGUUAAGAAACCACUCCAUAGCGGCUCACUGAUGAACCAGCCCAAUCGUAAUGAUUACCCAGCAUGCCACUGAAUUAAACAUUUACAGUCAUUGGGGGG